AUGGGCAAGGUUAAUGAUGGGAAGUGGGUUGAGAAAAUAGGGUCAAGUGGCUUCCAGAUAAGAGAUUCCAACAAAGGGCCUGUUAAAGUGGGCCCUUUUAGAUUCAAAAGUGUAAUGGACUUUAAAAGGGCUGAGAGCUUGGCCCAACAUCAUUUGCCUGCCCAGGUGGAUUCGACUGAAGCUAAGGCUCCUCCUACUGUCGAUAACCGAAUGGCAAUGCCCACUGUUACAGAUGUUGUGAGGCGACUUCAGAGGGAGGAUUUUGAAACAGGUCUCAAUAGUUUGGAUGAGGAAUUGCAGAGGAAAUUGGUCGUAGAAGUGGAGGAAGGUAACUGUGAUGUUGCGAUAGUUGCAAAGGAAUGGUAUGAAAAAGGUAAUAUAUCCCACAAAAAUUCAAUGAUGGCUUUCUUUGGUGGAGGUGGGGUGGUCCAUGGGGAGACUACAUUUUCGGAGUCUGGAAGAUCCAGUUUCAGGCCGGUUAGCUGGUUCACCAAGUAGGGUUUGUGAUCUUAUGUUGACUAAUGAUAAAAGAUGUUCCAUUGUUAAUCUUGUUUCAGGAAAUUCAGAUGCUGUGACAACUAGGGUUAUGGUGAGUUUUGAGGGAAGUGAGUAAGGAGGGGACAGAGAUAAGGGAGGAUGAUAG